CAGCAACCAGGAAACAACGCGCUUGCGCAGUGCUUAAUCGACAGGGCAGCUGGGCUGUGGAACAGACAACAUACAUUAUUAAAUUAAGGCACUCCAGUAAUGCUGGGAAGUACAAUCCUAAAACAUCGACAACAUGUUGGACUGCAGAAACUCUCAGCGCUUGCAGGAAUCACACAUUCUUCAUUGGGCCCCAAUAAAAAGUACAAGUUUGUCCAAGAUGACACGGGUGGACAGUCAGCCCUUGUGUGCUCAUGUUUUCGCAUCUUGGAGAACCUGGAGCUGACCUGCGCGGUGGGUCAGUUGGUUUACGAGACUAUUCAAGUUCACCAGAAGGUCUAUCAUACAGGGUCGGGAUCCCUGCUGUUUUUCGCAGGAGUAUGGAGCCGUGCUGCUCUGGAGUGCCUUCAGAGAGGAAUUUCAGUAGCACACAUCAUCUCAGCUAUGUCUGAAGGCAUGGAUAUAUGCUUGGAUGUUUGCAGGAAAUGCAGUGUCUCAGCUGUGGGUCUUGGUGUGGAGCAGUCAGAAAGCCGCACUGCGACAUCUCAUGCUUCAGGACUUCAGCUGUCAAAGAAACCCAUCGUGGAGGCUUCACAGGCAUCAUGCCAUCUACAAGGGACAACAAAAGUUUGUUACAAGACUCUAAAUGCCAUUGGACAAAGGAAAAUAAAGCUUAGCAGACACUUUUGUAAAGUAAAGUCUGAAAAUGUAUCCACAGAACUGCAACCUCAUCAGCCUAAGCUUCCUGACAUUGCACCCCUUGCUGAGGGAUUGAGUCAUGGUUAUGUUGAUGCAAUGAAUUUAGUUGUUGAAGCCAGCCGAAUACAGUCACAAAAUAAUCAGAAAGAUAUCAGCUGUUCCACAUUUGAUAUUACGAAAGUGGUGACAUGUGUGCUACCUGGUUUACCAGAGGACCAGGCGUGCGUUUUACCAGGCUGUGUUGUUCUCUUAUCUUCUGAACAGGCUUCAGUUGCACAUCACUUAACAGAACAGCACUUGAAGGUUGCUCUAAUUAAUGGAGAUUUAUCAGAGACCUAUCGCCAUCUUGGCUUUAAUAGGCCAGCAGGUAUACAGUGUGUGAGUGACCAGUCGGAUUUGUCAAAUUCAAGCAAAGAACAAGAGUGGAUGGAAAAGGUUGUGGCAAUUCUGUUGAACCUGAAAGUGAAGCUGAUACUGGUCAGUGGGCUUGUUGGUGAGAAAGUGAUUCAGUGCUGUCGUAAGCAUCAUAUACUUGUGGUGGGAAAAGUGAAGGCUUCUGUUUUGAAGGCAUUCGCUAAUGCAACGGGAGCUAUUCCAGUGAGCUAUACCACACAGUUGAGUAAGCACUGUGUUGGUACUGGAGUGAAGGUUGUGAUAUGGAGGGACCUCAGCAGCCAUGACAGGAAGCCUUUAACAACUGUGAAUAUUUCUACAGGUGUGAACCAUGAGUUGGUCACAGUGAUCCUCACAAGCUGUGUACAAGGCAAGCUGCAGGUUCUGGAAGACCAAUUUUGGGCAUGUGCUUAUCGUUUACACCACGUGCUGAAAGACAAAGUCCUCCUUCCAGGUGGUGGAGUGACAGAACUGCUUUGUGUUCAUCACCUUCAAAAGCAUGCAGAGCACCAUGUCAAGCAUAAUGGAAAAAAGAAUGGGGACUCAGUCCAACAAACCAAAGCAGAAACAGCAGCUAACCCUUACAGGGAUGUAGUGUUGCACCUCAUGGCAGAUGGUUUAAUAGAUUACAUAGCCACUGUCAUUGUUAACACUGGAAAGCUUUCAAAAGUCAAAGCUUGGACUGCUGUGAGCCAACAACUGCAGGACUAUAACGAAAGUCUAGACAUUACUGCUAAGUUCUCACAACUUUUCUUGGAAGGUGACCAAGAGGAUUUUUUGAUUCCCUCCCUCAUAAAGACCAGUGAAGCACCAGCAAUAAAGAUCUAUGAUAAUCUGAGUGUGAAGCAGGAAGCAUGGAGGAAAGCUUUAGAUCUGGUUUUCCUGGUUUUACAGACUGAUGCAGAGGUCAUCACAGGCAUUGACCAAAAAACUGAUGGUGCACAGGAAAAUCUGAUGGUGUUAUGACUUCCAUGUACAAUCCUGGAGAUUUGACUGUACACAACUUUGUGAAUGUUUUUUUGUUGUUGUUGUUUGUGUUUUUGUUUAUUUACUUUAAAAAAUGUGUUUGAAAUAUGAAGUUCAGUUUUUGAAUGUUACAAAGUGAAAAUAGUAUCAAGUGUGUGUGUGUGUGUGUGUGUGUGUAUAUGUAUAUGUGUAAAAA